CUUUAUCAUCUUUGGAAGAUCUCACUCAGAUUUGUAGGUAUUCCAGAAGGUAUUGUCUCUUACUUUCAGGCGAUGCUUCUGUAGCCUCCGCAGACCGUUAUUAGAUCGCGCCUGCCUUUCCUUUCGGUUCCGCCUUUUGCCAACGCAGCCAAGAUGGCGCUCGAACUGGCAGACAACGAGAAGUAUGAAGUCAAGGAGAUUAUAGGGCGAGGUGCCUUUGGCAUAAUCAGAAAAGUUCGUCGAAAACAAGAUGGCCAUAUCUUGUGCCGUAAAGAAAUAAACUACCUCAAAAUGUCACAAAAAGAACGCGAUCAAUUACAUGCCGAAUUCUCGAUCCUCUCCUCGUUGAAACAUCCAAACAUUGUGGGCUACUUCCACCGCGAACACCUCAAGCAGACGCAGGAACUUUAUCUUUACAUGGAGUAUUGUGGCGGCGGCGACCUCGGGUCGGUCAUCAAAGAGCUCAAGAGGAAGAAUGAGUACGCGAAAGAAGACUUUGUUUGGAGGAUUUUCAGCCAGAUUGUUACUGCUCUCUACCGCUGUCACUAUGGUGUCGACCCACCAGAACCUGGAAACGAUCUCUCACGGCAGAAGGUCCGGCCUCCAGUGGCUGGCAAGAUGAUUCUCCAUCGAGAUCUCAAGCCAGAGAACAUCUUUCUAGGAGAAGACCAGUCGGUGAAACUGGGAGACUUUGGGCUGUCGAAACUAAUGCAGUCACACGACUUUGCCUCCACCUACGUUGGCACACCCUUCUAUAUGUCUCCAGAGAUCUGUGCUGCCGAGCGGUACACUCUUCAUUCGGACAUCUGGUCAUUAGGCUGCAUUAUGUACGAACUUUGCACCAAAGAGCCACCGUUCAACGCCAAUUCGCACCUGCAACUAGUGCAACGAAUCAGAAAAGGCGACUUCAAACCUAUCCCUUCCAUUUACUCAAAAGACCUUGCCAAUGUCAUCGCAAACUGUCUGAAGACGAAUCCUACACACCGUCCGGACACGGUUUCAUUGUUAACUGUACCUUAUGUAUGGAUAGCCAGACGGCAACAAGAGAUGGUCAACAUUGGAAAAGCCCUAAAGACCCGAGAAGAGAUAGCCGAACACAAACUGAAGCAGGCAGAGGAAAGAUUAUCAGCGCUUGAAGCAGACCGAGCUGCGAUGAAGGCGGCGAUUAACGAUCAGCUUCGACGCGAAUGGGAACUGAAGGCUCGGCUUGAAAUUGAGCGACAAAUCCAGAUCGAGAUAGAGAGUUUGCGCAAGCAAUUUGACAGCGAAGUUCAAGCCCGCGUGGCCGAGGUCCUCACUAAACAGACUCAUACUACCAGAUCAUUAAGAGACAUUCAGAACCCACCAGGCUUUAACAAAGAGAACCACAACCCUGCUUCAUCGGUGAAUACUUCUAGUGAGGAGGACUUUCCUUCCACGACCGACCUUACCGACCUUUCUGACCUCUCUCUGAACUCUCCGGACACCUCGAGAGGACAAGCGGCACCACCGAAGAAGGCAAAGACGCCGUUUGCCAGAUCGAAGACCAAUCUUGACUCCCCAGCAGAUGUACAGAUGUCUGAACCUUCGCCAAUCUCUAUCUCUGGUCUUGCGCUGUCACCACGAAGAACUGCGGCUGCGCAACUCACGGCCAAUUCUACGGUGACUGCUGCAAGUGCUAGGAAUAUCUUCGCACAAGCUGCACGACAAAAGGCCAAAUGGGAGCCUCAACUCGCUUAUUCGUCUGAUGAGGAGAACCAUGAUUUUGAGGAUGAUUCGGACGAUGAUGGAUUUCCGGAAUUAGCCAGUCCAACUCGACUGAAGGCAACCGUUGCGAGCACUGACCCAUUUAAGAACCCUCAGCCUUCACGCCUGCGGACUAAGCCUGGUCUCGUAAGGCAUAAUACCACGGCAGUUGUACAGAAGCUGACGACUAAGCCGACACUUUUUCCUUCCAGUGGUGCAGCAGCUCAAGUGAGAGCCGGCAUCACUUCCUCAAACAUAGCGAGCGGUAAAGCCGUCAGCGAUGGAGACAUUAGAGCUGUUGGCGUCCGACCGGCCAGCCCGAAUAGACGUCUCAGCAAAAUCCCAAGCAGGACGGAUCUCAGAGAACAAGUUACGUGUGAGAACGGCAGCACAAGCCCAUUGAGACGUGCAGCCACAACUGGAGGCAAGUUGGUGAGCAAGCUUGCCGCGUCCAAGCAGCCAGCUAUCGGUAAUGGCGUUGGUGGACGCACCCUCGUUGAACUUGCUCAAGCCCGAGCUGGGGGUCGCCCAAUGAGUGCCGAUUUAUCAAGCAACCUUUAUUCUGAACGGAAACUUGUUGACAAAGAUCUGCCUGAAGUCCCGCCUAUCUGGGAUCCUGAGGUCUUGGGUGAUGAGAUGCCCAGUCCCUUCCUCAAACGCGAUGUGAGAAACGUUCGUAUGAUGCGAUGAAUCACGGGGUGGUUGUGAACAGCACACUCUGAAACGAUGACAUGAGAUUACGUGUUGUUGUUACAGCACCUUCUGGAAAAACCAAAAUCUUCCCAGGUAUCAUGGAAGAUUCGGUCUCCUUAUGCGCGAUAUGUAAUGUGACACAAACAGUGGGAAAAGGGCCAAACGAUUUUCUUUUGGACGAUUUUCUUUUCGUCCUCGACCAAAACUUGGCUGCAAUUGGAAGCAUGUAUGUCAUUACCAGCAGUGCCGGACUUGCGGUGUUUGUGCUUGACAUGACUAUCUUUUGGUUCUCAAUUCGAGCAGUAUUUGGGGUGAAGGUGUUACCGGGGGUCUUUUUUUGGUAUCAAAUGCUGGAUUGGCCUUUUCUUUUUCCCUGAUGGUCGAUUUUAGAGGAUCUGACCUCGAGCUAAAUCACGAAAGAAGCUUUAGAUGAGAGAAGAGGAGAGGUGAAGAAGGGCGACCCAGGUGACGAUGGAGACGUGUGUAUGUGUGUACAGUAGACCAAACUACGAAAACAAGAAAUGAUGAUUAGCUCUCGAAGCAGAAAGCCCCCCAUCUGUACUUAAUGAUUUUGUUCCUCUGGAU